CUAGCUUAUCCUAGAAGAAAAGUGGGAAGAAGGGAGACGGUCCUAAAGUAACAUGGAACAAGGUUCGAGAAGAGGACAGGGAGGAAGUGGCAGGUUAUGUACACCAGCUGAUGCUUGUGCUAUGUACCAAUCACAAGCUGGGGGUGGCUUUUGUGGAUCCUACCGUAGGUCUCGAUGAGAAAAACUACAACGACCUUGUGUUUUCUGUUAUAAGGUCAAUGGACCCCUACUGGAACGUCGGCCUGGUACGAGAGCUCGCGGUGGAGAUUGUGAAAGCUUGUCCUGAUCUGGUGGCUCCGACGUUCAAGCACUUGGGCAUCCAGGGCUCCUUCCAGCCUGAAGUGUCCAUUUCAUUUGUCAACACAUGUCAAUUUGCUCAACAGGUUGUAGAUAGCUUGGUGCCAGAAAGAAGUCUUACCACUACUGGCACCCCAGACCACCUGACUCACCUGACCACCCGGGUGGUGUUCAACAUGAAUGUGGUCAACUGUGUGCGAGCUGGCCUGUCGUCCAUCCAUCCCACGCUCCGUCUGCUGACUGUCUCUCUCCUGAACUCUGUGUUCCUUGCCGUCCCACGAUUCGUCAACUUCGUCAAAUCUCACUUCAGUUCCAACCCAAGAACUUCAUUGAGUACAACCAGAGUAUAAAUGACCAUAUUGC